AUGAAGAUAGUUGAAAAUUCUCCUAUUUAUCCUUUUAUUUAUGAUAAUUAAAAGAGAGUUUUUACAUUGCCAUCAAUAAUUAAUGGAGAGCAUUCAAAAAUGUCAGCAGAAACUAAAAAUGUACUUAUUGAAGUUACAGCAAUAGAUAAAGAGCUUUACAAUACUUUAAAUUGUUUGAUUAGUGCAUUUGCCAUGUACAAUAAUAAAUUACAUAUUGAAAAAGUCUAUAUUGUUUAUGAAUCAAAUAAUAAAUAAGUUGUAAUACCUAUAGUAGAUGAAAGAACAUUAACAACAAAUAUUUAACAUAAUAAUAAAGUUUUGGGAAUAAAUAUCAGUAAUUAAAUUAAUAAGAUAAAUGAAUUCAAUGUUAUUAAAAUAGAAAUUACAAAUUGA